AUGAGAGACAGCAUUGGUGAGGGAAGAGGAGAUGGUUGGGCGGGGAAUGGAUGGGCUGAUGACACGUGGGCGGACCGGGUUGACGGAGAUGAGGCGGGUAGGGAUAUGAUGGAAGUCUGGACUGGACUGGACGUCUGGAAGCAUGAAGAAAUGGCAGAGUGCCAGUAUCUCCUACUUGGGAAGCAGGAUGCAGCCCUGUCGAGGGACAUGGCCAAGCAGGAAGGAGGGGCGCGUUGGGAAAGAGCGAAGCGCGCAGGGAUCGUCCCAGCCCCUCCCGACGCGGCUGCAAGGUACAAUGCAGCCGUUUCCGCUGAUUGGCUGGAGAGGACGAGGGAAGCCGAGGGUGCACCAUAG